CUAAGCGUUAUUGAGCCGGCCGUCUACCAUGCCCUCGUAGCCCUAAGUGCCAUCAAUCACCAGGUGCAUGAAGCGGGGAUUGCAAUCCCCGGACAGUCGCUGCGUAGUAAAUGGCAUCAUUUCGCCCUGGAGCAGUCGCUGCGCUCAUUCACUCUUCUGAAGCACCGGCCUGCCUCCCAAGAUCCACGUCUCCGCCAGGUGAUUCUGGUCUGCUGCCUGCUCUUCGUGCUGAUCGAGCUGGCGUCCGCCCGCUACGACGACGCCAACACGCACCUCCAAGCGGGGCUGAAAAUUCUCAACGAGGGGGCACCGUCUUCUUUACCCAUAGACCCAGCUCUCUCCGACGCCUUCCUCUACCUGGAAUCACACUCGGCGUUUCACGGAGUCCACCAGCCCUUCCGCGAGCUGGACGCCCAAUUCGCCCGUCUCGAAACCUUCGAAUCCCAGCUCCGCCCAUUUCGGAGCGUCAAGCAGGCACGUCAAGCCCUGAACCCUCUCGUGCCUACCAUCUUCCGCCUCCUCGAGCGGUGCUGGAGCCUGUCCGAGACCGACCUCGCACUCCAAUACGGCAUCCUGCAACCCAAACAACAGCGCCUGCUAUCCUGUCUGACCCAAGUCAGAACCUACUUCGACGACCUACUGCCAACUUAUCCCCACUUCACCGACCGCGAGCGGCGCUCCGCAGACGUGGUGGUACUGGGCCUGCUCACUUUCACUUUAUCCCUCAAAGCCUGCCUGCACGCCCCGUGGGAUCCCGCAUUACACCCACUACGCCCGGAAUUUGAGGAUCUGAUGGCGAAGACUGUGGCCCUGAACGCUAAAUUGGGGACGCGCCCGCAGUUUACCCCCGAUGGGAUCCUGUGCGCUGCCCUGAGCUUCCUGGCGCUGCGAUGUCCGGAUUACCGCAUUCGUCUGCAGGCCAUCGCUGCACUACGCGCGUCUCCCCGCGCAGAAGGGUAUUAUAACGGACUGGUGGUGGCGGAAUUCGCCAUCAGUGGGUUGAAGCUCGAGUUGACC